AUCGUCAUGGUUGAUCCCCCCCCCCCACAAGACCAACUCCAAACAAUCCUAUAGACGAGGCAGCAUGUCUUCACCCGCGGAGAAUCUGCCUAGCUGGGCCGACCUACCCUACAAGCCCGGUGAGCCCAAAGGUUCAGCCUGGGGCCUAUGGGGCGACGCGGACGAGCUCGGGACGCUCAACCUUCUCACGCCGUCGCGGCGCAAAGCCGCCGCACGGCUAGUACGCCAGGGCAAGUCCUUUGGACUGUCACUACCGCUGAACCGGCAGCCGUCGGACUCCUUCUUCAACAGGCCGGUGGCGGAACACAAGAUCAUCAAGAAAGGCUAUCCGGCAUUCGACGACCACCUAGUGAUGAACACGCAGAGCUCGACGCACUGGGACGGCCUGCGGCACUUCGCGCACAUGGCCGGCCGCGACCCGAUGGAGCCGCGGUUCUACAACGGCGUGAGCGCCGACGAGUUUGUCGGCCCGCAGGCCACGGAUCGCUUGGGCAUGCAGAACUAUGCGCGCGAGGGGAUCGUGGGCAGAGGCGUUCUGCUGGACUACAAGGGCUGGUGCGACAAGCAAGGGACUGGGGGCUUCCGAGGUACCGGCGAUGAGAGGUCUGUGACCGCCGAUGAGCUCCAGCGCGUCGCCGAAUCCCAGGGGACGACCUUCCAGACGGGGGAUAUCCUGCUGGUCCGCUUCGGGUGGACGGCGGGUUAUCUCAAGACGGGCACGAUCCAGAAGCAGGCUUGGACGGCUCAGGGGCCAAACGUCCAGUUGGUGGGGCUGGCAAACGAGGAGAGAAGCCUCGAGUGGCUCUGGGACAAUCACUUUGCUGCGGUGGCGAGCGAUGCGCCGACGUUCGAGAGCUGGCCGACUAAGACGAAACUGCACGAGACCAUCUUGUCCCUGUGGGGUUGCCCCAUCGGGGAGUUCUUCAACCUAGAGGCCCUGGCCGAGGACUGUCGAAAGGAUGGCGUCUAUGAAUUCUUGUUUACAAGUGCUCCCAUCCAUAUUGUCGGUGGCGUAGCUGGGCCGGCCAAUCCACUAGCAAUCAAAUAG